GUGAUGAGGAGGAGGAGGAGGGAAGACUUCCUCGUCCUACACAUGACAUGUUUCGAUACAACUGUGAAACCUAGAAACGUUUACAGCGCCUGUCUUGAUCAUCAGGUGAUUGCAGCUUUGAUAUCAGCUUCACAUGGGGUGGAUAGAGAGAUGAGCCCACCCGGCCCGGCCUGUGGGACGUGUAGAGCGCUGCUUGGGCAGGAAGAGCGGAGAGAAGUAGCAAAGGAUGGGAAGGAGGGUAUGGGGCCUCUGCCAGUGCGUCUCAACGGCUGUGCUUUAUGGCUCCCUGGCUCUGUUCGUCUCCAUUCUCCACAAUGUCUUCUUACUGUAUUAUGUGGAGACCUUUGUGUCUGUUUACAAGAUUGACAAGUUGUCGUUUUGGGUGGGAGAGACUGUGUUUCUAAUAUGGAAUAGCCUGAACGACCCUCUUUUUGGCUGGCUGAGUGACCGCUCAUUCCUGGGCUCUCCUCAGUCUGGGUCCCAGAUCACGUCGCCUGAGGUGGUCCUGAAGCGUCUGCAGGCACUCUCCCGCAGCGGGCCUCUCUUUGCCCUCUCGUUCCUGGCCUUCUGGGUUGCCUGGACCUGGCCUGGACUGCAGUUUCUCAUCUGCCUGUGCCUUUACGAUGGCUUCCUCACGGUGGUCGACCUCAACCACAACGCCCUCCUGGCCGACCUGGCCGUGUCUGCACAUGACCGCACGCGCCUCAACUUCCACAGUUCCUUGUUCAGUGCGAUGGGCUCGCUGUCCGUCUUCCUCUCUUACUCCUUCUGGAACAAGGAAAACUUCUACUCCUUCAGAAUCUUCUGCGUGACUCUAGCCACUCUCUCAAUGCUAGGCUUUUUUGUGGUUUCACGUCUCCUGCAGCACCGCUUUCAGAACGAAGUCCAGCUACGCAAGAACGAGAGCCAAGCACUCACUGAACUGAGUGUCGGUCAGGCUCCUUUUACCUCACCCGAGAAGCCAGUCACUCUUGGGGAAUAUCUAAAGCAGCUGUCACGCCACAAGAACUUUAUGUGGUUUGCUUCUAUGAACCUUGUACAGGUAUUCCACUGCCAUUUCAACAGCAAUUUCUUUCCUCUGUUUUUGGAGCACCUCCUGUCAGACCACAUCUCUGCCUCAACCGGAUCCUUCCUGCUGGGCAUUUCUUACAUUGCACCUCAUCUGAACAAUCUCUACUUUUUGACGCUGUGCCGAAGACUGGGUGUCUAUCAGGUUGUCCGCGGGCUCUUCCUCCUGAAGUUGGGCCUCAGUGUGGUCAUGCUCUUAGCCGGGGCGGACCACGUCUACCUGCUCUGCAUCUUUAUUGCUAGUAAUCGCGUCUUCACUGAGGGCACUUGUAAACUUCUGAACCUGGUGAUCACAGACUUAGUGGAUGAGGACUUUGUGUUGAACCGCCGACAACAAGCAGCUUCUGCCCUGCUCUUUGGGAUGGUUGCCUUGGUAACCAAGCCUGGCCAGACCUUUGCCCCUCUUAUUGGUACCUGGCUGCUGUGUCUCUACACAGGAUAUGACAUCUUUGAGAGAAACUCAAUGGCAGAAGCACCGAUUGCCGCUCCUGCGGUCCCUGUGCCACUGCGUCAGGGUUGUUUUUACCUGCUGGUGUUCGUGCCCAUUUCCUGUGCCCUUCUGCAGCUGCUGGCGUGGUCUCGCUUCACUCUGCAUGGGCAAAGACUACGAAACAUCAAGACUCUAAGGCAAGGUGCCCAACAUAGCCACCUCAUUGAUGUCAAGGCUAUCUAAUGUUCUUGUAUGCAUGGGAAGAGGAAAGAAAGAUGAGUCGUGGACAUUCCCCAAGACCAGGCGUGCUGCCAACAGACCCUGAAUGGAGAAUGGUGACGUCAAAUACUGCAAGAGACACUUAAGACAGAAUGUAUGGUCCCAUAUAAUUGAAACCUGCCUUAAUUUGCUAUGUUUGCUAAAUGUUAGGUAUUUAUAAUGAGUAUGUGACCAAAAAUGAAUGGACAGUUAAACCAAUCUAGUGGUUUGGGACCAUAUUGAACAGUACUGCCCCCAAACCUCCUGUUCUGACGUUUCAGUGUAUAGUUAUAUGGGUUUAUAAUCAAGCCAAAUCCAAUCACAUCUCCCUUGCCUGUGUGUUUUAACUUUAUGUGAAAAAAUACACUGUGUUCUGAGAAAGGGCAUGUUUACUGUAAGUUCAACAGCAUUCCAGGGAUACAUGAUAUGGAAUUGCAUGCAUAUCAGUGGUGUUUUCUUUUAUACUGUCAGGACUUACAUUGUCUUUGUAAUUCAGCCAAAUGUUGAAGCUGUUUUGUGGCCAGUAACAUCUGUUUUAUAUAACUUUUUGAAAUUCAUUCAGUUACUCAUUGCUAUCGAUGAUUAUUAUUACUGAAAAUGUAUGAAUAUUACAGUUCACAUGAACGUAAAUGCAGACUGUGUGUUGUACUAGCAUGUAUAACAAACUUAUUUUUGUACCAAAUGUCCAAUUUGACUUUAUUUUUGUGUUUUAGAGGCAGAGUUGUCAAGAUGGUAAUUAAUUCCUUGGCCAGUCUGAUGUUAAAAUACAAAUUGACUUCUCAAAGUUAUAGAAAUAGUUUUGUACAAGAGUUUUCCAAAUUAAAAUUUGUAUUGCCAAAUUUAUAUUCUUAACUUGUAGUAAAAACACCAUUUUUGACACAUUCGUGAAAUUGCAUUUCCUGUAUGAUCAUUGCAAAAAAAUUAAUUAAGAAGAAAUGUCUUAAUAUUUUAGGCUUUAAAUGGUUAGUUUUUUACUGGUUGUCAACUACUGGUUGGGGCACAAUGAGCAUCUGAUAUUUUAUUCAUAUUUCAUGGUUAUUUAUUGUAGGAAACAUUUCAGUUAUGUUAGAAAAUGUUCAAGCUUUUACACAAAUGUGUCAGAGGCUGAGCUGUGGCUUAGGAUGUAUGAGUCAUUUUAGUGCUUUUGCCCAUUGUUCAAAUAAUUUUGUUUGCAAAUAAAUGUUUUAUAAUA